AUGUCUUCUCAUCGAUUUUCUCCUUCACAAAAUACUCAUGGAUUGAUACCAUCUUUGUCACAUGGAAAUUAUCCAUCUACAUGGCAUCAAUCGUUUUCUAAUACUCAUAUUAGUUAUGGUAAUUCAUCAAUUAUGACAACUAAUUCUUCUUAUUCUCAUUUACAGUCUCCGAUUAAUUCGGAAGACAGUAGUCGUGAGGAUAUUGGAAUGGGUCGUAGACACGUUUAUUACCAUCAACCAAUCGCUCGUCCACACGAACGAUUUCUCAAUCGAACGAUGGACAAUUGUCCAGAACAUUUAACAUCCAAACAACGUUCCCGGUGGUUCAAAGCAGGUCGCAAAGCUCAAUUGAAUCAUCGAAUAGUGUCAACAAUUGAACCAUUCCAAUCUACGGAAGCUAAUUAUAAUUCACUGACUUAUAUCCAUGGUAAAACGUCAGAAAAUCAUCUCGUUGGUCUAAUUAGCAAAAUGGCAAAUGUUCGAUUAUACAUGAUCGAUACUGAAUCCGAUCGACCAACAGGAAAUAAUCCACAUACUAAGCCUGCUCUAUUACAAAUACAAGCAAUUCAUUAUGAAACAUGUUCAACAGUAUUAUUAAUCGAAAUACAACAUUUACCGCACUAUUCUACAUCGUUAUUUGGUUUAAUCCAACAGAUGUGUAGUAACAUUUUUUCACCUGAUAAUAAAAUUAUUGCCUGGGGAGACCCAAUAAAAGAACUUUAUUCGUUCGAACAAUUUCGUCUUUUUGAUAUAUCACGAAUAACAAAAACCUUGAAUCUUCAAGAUUUCUUUAACACGAUGUGGAAUUCUGCUCAUCCGCACAUACAGGCAUGUCUGAAUCGUCACCAUGUAAUGGAAGACGAUUGUUCUUCGGACGAAGUCCUUAUAUGUUUAAUUAAUUCGGAUGAUAUUGACGAUGAUUUAAAACCUCAAGAUUCAAAGGCUGAUUUUAAUCAAUGUAUAUGUCCAGAUGAAAUCCGUCCGUAUAAGACGAAUAAUGCAUUAUGGUCCUUGCAAAAGGCCAUACAAAUGAUAUUUAACAAAGCUCUAGAUAAAGCUUUGACAAUGAAUUUAUGGUCGUGUGGUUUAGAUCCACAUUUAAAUACUUGGCGAACUAUCGAUGACAAACAAACCCGUCAUGCUCUCACUACCUAUGCAGUGAAUGAUGUUUUCGCUCCAACCGAUUUAUAUUUUUAUCUUAUGAAUACCGAUAUUUCCUCUCUAGAUACAAAUCAUAUCAUUAAUUUUAAUAUGAUUUAUGAACAACCAAUUCAAAAUCUUCCAAAGUAUUUCGUCUUAUCUGACAGUCAUGGAAAAUAUUUUCCACCAUACCAUCGAACAGCUCAAUAUCAACUUGUCAUCAAAUCUAUUUCUGGUUUACAAUGGAACAAUCCUUGGCAACAAGAAUUAAGCGUUAAUAAUUUAAUCGAGUCAACAUCGAUAAAGUCAAUAAUAUCGACGUGUGCUGGAAUUAUAUUUAUGGUAGGAACAAAUUCUAUACGAUCAUGGUCAGCAUCGGAAAUUAUACAGGAUAUUGUUAACAUCACUCAAUCCAUUCGAUCGACUUAUGACCAUUUGAAUCGUAAGACUGAUAUUUCAAUUUGUACAAUUUUUCCUUGUUUAAAGACAUCAACAAGAUUUCUUACAAGUAAUUUAUUAACAUCGAAUAUCAACGAUUAUAAUACGAAAUUAUAUGAUAUAUCCAAUACGUUAAAUUUCACGAUAAUUAAUUUUCCCAUCACAAUAAGUCAUCUCAAUGUCGAUGGAUUACAUAUUCGUGCAAAACAUACAUCAUUAAUAUUUAAUAUUAUUUUGGAUAAUAUUACUUGUUUAUUAAAUAAAACUAAUAAAAUAAAAAAUUCACAACGAUCAUCGGAAGCUAAAUCACGUCGAAACAAACGGGUACACCAACGACAGAAGCAACAACAACAAAGUCAUAUCAUUUUUCGUUUGGUAGACACUAUCUGGAAAUUAAAAGAUAUUAAACAAUAUUUGAGAUAUAAGCAAAUUAAAUAUAGCGGCUUACCCGACAUUCAUAACAACAAGCUAUAUGUUCAAUUUAAUAAUUCAAUAAAUCUACAACAUGCUGAACAAUGCUUGGCUCUUGGUGAAUUUGAUUCGUCUCAUUAUCGAAUAUGGAUGACUCAUGAACGUCCGUGA